AUGGUGAUAGUUAAGCGAGAUUUGAACGAAGCCUCGCCGUUGUUGAUACUGCGCCGGGGGUACCCGCAAGCAAACCGCCAACCCAGCGCUAAUCCGAACUGGUGGCAGGUCCAGCUGUUUUCUAGAAACUUCCAGCUGACCCACAGCAGCGGCAGACAGGAUUGGCUCAAUUUGGCCCACCAGCGUUUCCAUGGCAACCACCACCUGCUCUUCUUCAAUCGCGAACACACCUUCACCAACCCGUUGGACGCCUUCUUGACGCCUCCACGCAUCCACCUCAAGGCCCAAUCCGCAAUGGCCAUGCGGUUCUGUUUGAAUGACGCUGGUUUCCAGAUGCCGGACAACGGGCUCUUCGUGUUCACGACACUUGUCAAGGUCAAACUGUCAUGCAGUGUCCGGAUCGCCAGCUCCGGACACACGCGUGAUGAUGAAGUCACCUUCGACCACAUCGUCUUAAGCAGCAGCUUCGUGACGAGGGACGGCGAUCUGUUCUACGUGGGGCUCUUUUCUCAGACCGGGAGCCAGGCGUCUAUGAAGAGGCUGUUUCAAUCGAAGGGUCUCCUUACGGCGCCGUUGGCGGUUUGCGUCUUUCGCGACUCCGAUCUCACCGGCCUCCUCACCCGCCAUCAGACGGUGGCCGUCCACCUGACGUCGCGACCUGUCGAGGUCAACCACACCGUCGCGGGUCAAGGCGCGUCGCGUUUUGUGCUGCUCAACGACAGUGCCCACCUCAACUACGUGCAGUGCAGGAAUGUGGAGAAGCGCGCUGAUGAUCUGAGGGCUGCUAUUAAAGGUGUCUACCUGCCAACGCCCUGGACUCCGAUGGAUGGUGAACCACUGUCCUACCUUCAGACGAAACAGCGCUUCGUCGCAAUGCUUGUGGACACACCCGAUGGUAUUCCUGGGGUUUCGAGACGCCAACUCACUUCCAGUCGCGACGUCUGCAUUGUGUACCUUCUGACUGCAACUGGAAAACUCGCACUGAUGAUCUCCCAACGGGACGUCAAUAAAGGGAACACAGACGAACGCACUUUUGAAGACGGCUUCUACGCCGACGGCCUCAGACCGCUGUUCUCCCUCCAAUUGACACCCGCGUUUGUGCCGAGUCAAGUUGGGAUGGAGUUCUCUACGGCAACUUCUGCAUUACAGGCGAAUUCUCGAUUCGCUUCGGCUUCCUACCUUUACGUCGAAAAAGACUUCGAUUUCCAUAACACAGAGAUAUUCCGUUGGCGGACAGUGGACAUCGAGUGCCACGCGCUUCAGGAAAGUCCCUUGUCGAAUGCCUCGUCGACGUCGCUUCACGCAGUCCCAUUGAGCACGCAACACCCCCAGUACUUGUCCAUAAUUGUUGUUCUCUCCGUUAUGGCUGCCUGCUUCCUACUAGCGUGCGUCUGUCUGGCGUCGAUGGUGCUUAGAGCAAGACGGAUCCGCAAGCAGCGGCCUCCGAUUGGUCAGUUUGUCGUUGAUGACCUUGACAGUACCUUCAGACGCAACCUUCUGGGUUGUCAUGACGUGAUCGCGCUCAGCCAGGCCGUGGACGUCGCUGAAGGUCGUGGUGGUUGUGGUCAACCAUCGAAGCACCGACAUCCCAGUCUGUCCAGGGGUCCGUCUGAACCCGGCAAGGUCAUCGGCUUCGCCUCGGUGCCCCUAACAAUCGAUACUGUCACCGGUCAAAGUCCCCAGUUAAACAAUGACAUUGAUUUCGAUGUCUUCACCCUCGCUGAAUCGGCCAUUGUACACCACAAUUUGACUGAUGUCCGAUAG